AUGUCGACGAAUGUUACCAUCGAUCUACCGGAUGAUUAUAAAUACAGACUUUACGAUCCUGUAACGGAAUUCUGUUCGCUUUAUCUCCACUCAACCGCCGUAGUUGGGGAUCAGCUCUAUAUCGUACAGGGAUAUGCACAAUAUAUCAGAGAUGGCAAAAGAAAAGGCGCUGGUAAUCCCAACCUACGCUAUAUGAAUAUCAAUCAAAGGAUACCAGUCGCCCGAAGUGGACAGUUUAUCUAUGUCUCCAACAGAACCCAAUACCCAGAAAACGUCCCGCAGACAGUAAGCCCGGCGUUCUGGUUUCAGGCCAACGCGUUCUCUCUGUAUAUGGUAAUGGGUGGUACUGUGAAUUUUCAAGGUCUCAUUCUCCAAAAUGAGGAUCUAUAUAACCCAGGGAGCCCUAGGGAAAUAUGGCGGGGUAGUACUGUCUUCGCCGAUAACCCAGUUUUUGGCCCUAAAGCAAAUGUUUUCAGGAAGUGGGAAGCCUCCGCUUCUGGCUUAGAAGACCCGACUGGGAUGGUCGCAUCACGAAAUACGUACUGGGACGACUCUUUGCGGAAGGGAUACAUUGUAGGAGGCUGGGUAGACGCCAUCACGAAUCCAACCGACAGUUUUCUCAUUUGGGAUUACGAUACAAACGUUUGGACCAACUCCUCGCUUCCCUGGGGGAGAUCCUCUGGGAAUGGCGUCAUGGGGUCUUUCCGAAUAAAUGACCGUCUGGUACAUAUCCAUGUUGGCGGUGAAGUCAAUGGAGUCUUUAUACCUAUGAACACAGCACGGAUUUACGAUUCGGAAACACAGGAUUGGUAUAACCAAGAGAUCUUUGGGGAGCCACCAAUCCCUCGUGGCGAUGCUUGUACAGCGAUUGUGGCUGCUCCUGACAAAUCGAGUUAUCAGAUGUAUAUGUUUGGUGGUUCCGAGAGUAACAGCAAAACGGCGCGAUAUUUAGGUGAAUUGUGGGUUCUGAAUAUUCCUUCUUUCACAUGGGUACUCUUGGACGACUCGAGGGGAGAUUUUGCCCCCGGCGCACGGUCUUCCUCUUCAUGCAACAUUUUGCAGAAUCAUAUCCUUAUGGUUUAUGCUGGGAAAAAGUCAAUCACAGCAGGGCAGGCGGCAGAUUGUGAGAUCAAUGGGAAUGCCGCAUAUUUCAUGGACUUGAAUACUUUGAAGUGGCUCGAAACAUACGAAGGGAAUAAUACUAAGCUAGAGUAUUGCGUCCCCAGUCCGGUAUACGAAAUAAUAGGAGGAAACAAAGAUGGUGGAGCAAAAAUUAUAGCACCGCCAGAUGGGUUCAACAGCGAAGUUUUAGCGACACUAUUCUCUAUAAAUGGAACGCGAGUGGUUAAUCCUAACCCACCCGCAGAGCCGUCAGGUACCGAAUCAAUAUCUCGGAACAAUAAUAAUACGGAGACCACUUCGGUACCAAUAGGUGCAAUCGUUGGGGGGGUCGUAGGCGCCAUUUUACUAGUCACCCUUGCCGUUCUAGCGUUUAUCUUUAUUAGAAGGAAGAAUAGAAACAGCAAAAUUAUGGGGGCACAUAACGACAUUCCUGUAGGCGGCAGAACCGAGCUACCGGUCGAUUCUGAAGGAGGAAGUUACGAUCAGAACUUGACAGCCUUCAAAGACCCAAGGGCGGAGUAUUCGGGCUUCUACCAGAGUACCGUUCUCGGCGCCCCGACGACUCAAGGAGUAUAUAUUUAUGAGCUUCCGACAGCUUAUGGUUAUUCAAACACGGGUGUAAAUGCGCCGGAGCCUAUGCCGCUGCAGGAUCAUGGUGCCGAAAAUCCGACUUCUACCCAGUCACCAGAUCACGAAUUGCCUCUGCCACCGACCCCCCCGGGUGUCCCAGCUCCCGAAUACCGAAAUCAACCAUGA